UUCGCUGAAGGGUGGAGACUCGGAGCAGCAGUGAGGAGGGAGGAUCUCAGCGGGAGUAGACACACAGAGAGAGAGGGAGAGAGCGAAAGGCAUACAGAUAGAGGAGUGUGUGUUGUGAGCGUGGAUGUAAUCGGCUGCCUCUGUGUGUGUGUGUGUGUGUGUGUGACAGAAAGAGAUCAGCAGAAGGCAGAACGCGUGGAUACUACUCCACAUGACUGGCUGCAUUUGGAUUCACAGAAGGAGAGCACACAACCACAGUAAAGAGAGUGUGGCAGACACAAACUGCUGACUGAACUGCAGACGCGCACCAGGGCAGAGCGCGGAGGAGUAAGUAGACAAGGCAGACAGAGCACGCGAGGCCUGACUGAUAGCGCCCAUGGCGAGCAAUAACACGGCCAGCAUCGCACAAGCCAGGAAGCUGGUGGAACAGCUGAAGAUGGAAGCCAACAUCGACAGGAUAAAGGUGUCUAAAGCUGCAGCAGACUUGAUGUCAUACUGCGAAGCUCAUGCCAAAGAGGACCCUUUAUUGUCGCCGGUGCCAGCGUCGGAGAACCCGUUCAGGGAGAAGAAGUUCUUCUGUGCCAUCUUGUAAACUCGGCACGUCCCUGCAGCAGUCUGCUAAGUGUGGGGACUUUGAACAUGGACGUUCAAAACACAUAGAAAUCUUCUAGUAGGAGGGCACGUCGAUCAUUGCCCCCUUUUCUCGAACGGCACCUAAAGAGUGCAAAAAUUAAAGUGUAACCAUUAAAGCGGGGCAAUUGUUUUUGAGGGGCUGUGCGGCAUGUUGAAGGGUUCUGCGCUUUUAGAUGACACAAAAGGGAUGAUGAUGAUGAGGAGGAGGAGUGUGAUGAUAACCACCUAGAGACAUGAUGGACAAGCAGUCAACCUACCAUGUCGUCGGGUUGUGAUGUGUAACAACAAAAAAUAGAUAAAAUGAGAAAAAUAUGGAUGUGGUUCUUUUGGGACUUCCAGAUGUUUUGUUCAGUGGUUUAAGGGUUGGUUGAGCUCUGUAGGAAAGCAAAAAAAAAACAACUACGCCUACCACUAGACGCCACCUGUAUAUUGGAAUGUUUUUUUUAAGUUGUUUAUUUUGUGUUUAUUCCAACUUUACCUAAAUAUCUUUCUAUAACUACGUGAUUACUGAAGUCUUUUAUUUUUUAUUUUUUUUUAACACCAACAGGUUAGUGAAAACUUUUUUUAAUGGGAUGUCUGACACAUUCAACUCUGUGACUAUUUACACCUUUACCUUUCUGAAAAUCAGUCUCUGUGUAUCAACAUCUAGCCUGUCUGGCACAUGUGAUGCAGUUUGUCUCCUUCAGAUACAAACCCUCUUUCUACUAUUUGUAUGAAAUGACUAGCAAGUAAACUGUGCCGUGCUGUGA